AUGCUUAAAGCGGUGAGUAGUGCGCUUACCACCCAAAACAAUCGUGAUUCCGUCAUCAAUACACCUACGACUACCUAUGCAAAUUUGCAUGCCCCAUCAAGCUGGCCUCCGACGAGACCAUAUAAUGGUAGUCACGGAGCUAUAUAUGCGGUUCCAUGGUUCAGUCCAGCAUGUGAGAUUAUUGGUGCAUUGACACUUUGGACUAUGCGUUUAAAUUCAUAUCUUUUCUUUGUAGUAGCUAUUUCCACCUAUCUUCGAGUCUGUCGAAGAAUACAAUUCGAUUACGGCAAAUACGAUUACAAACUUUUCCUAAUUGUUUUUGUUUUGGCUACUAUGAUAACGUCAUUACAAGCUAUCAAGGGAUUAUAUGGAGCGGAAAGAUGGUGGUGUGCUGGGAAGAAUGGUUCUAAUGCUGUUCAAGUAAUGGGAUUCAUCACUCAAGGUUUGAUAAUAGGCUUAAUAGGAUUUUCAUAUUUUCGUAUUUUGGUGUUGCUAGCACAUCAUCGCCCACAAUUACGCGAAAGACUGGAUCAUGACUCAUUCUGUAACCUUAAGAGUCGGGUCACAAGAAAUAUCGCACGAUAUAUUUUACUUUUUUUGCUGCAAUGGUUACCAAUUUGCAUAUAUGCAAUAGCACAUGUAAAUGGCAAUGAAGAAGCUUGGACAUAUGUAGUCGUAGUGAUAGGUGUAAAUUUUGGUGGAAUAACAAACGCCAUACAAUACAUAAUAAACGAAGGAUUUUCACAUAAAACUGAUAGUUCUAAUUCUCGAAACCUGUCAAAUAACACAAUACAGGGGACAAAAUGUUCUGAUUAUGCUGUCUUGGAGAAAGUUGCCGAAUUCCUUAAACCAUUUAAGGAUCACACAGUCAAAAUUUCGGCUAGUUUGAAUUGGAUUAUUCCCCUCUUCAGCAUCAUCAUUAUUGAUCAUGUCGAAGAUGCGAUUUCAGACACAAAGACAGAGAUAGGUAAUGGACUUGUUCCACUACUUGUCACGGCGACUACAGCAGCAAGAGAAAAAAAGGAUCUUCGGAUGACGAAAUUGAUGGAACAAAAAAUUUAUAUGCUGGUCAUCACUCCCACGCCUAAUAAUAGUUUCUUAUCGGACACCAACCUUAACAAUACCAUGGGGUCAGUUACACGAUCCAUACUGGAUACAGACUUUGAUGAUGAGGAUGAAGAAUGUUUUGAUGAAAUCGAAAGCUAUAUUUCUGAGAAGCCGGCUAAUAAAGAAAAACAGUGUGCUAGCGUGGCACACCAAACGCAGUUUCCUUGCCAUAUGGCUCACGACUACCUGGCAAUUCCGGCAUCCUCCGUUGCUUCCGAACGUGACAUUUCUGCGUGUGGAAACAUGAUCACGAAUAAGAUGUCUAGCUUAGUGCCUAAGUUCAUAAGAGCGUCACAGUAUUUUCGGUCAUGGACACAGGGACCGUUAAGGGGAAAGUUGGGUAACUAUGUGUCGUAUGGUCUG